UUUAUCAUGUUGCCUGACAAGCCCGACAUAUUCAAGUCUUAGCCAAUCACAGACUGCCUCCCUUCAGCCACGCAUUACGUAAAUUCCAGGGACUACGGGGAAGUGUGAUGUGGCGUUGAGAAAACCAACAACAAUGUCUGCCAUUUUCAACUUCCAGAGUCUGCUGACAGUGAUUCUGUUGCUCAUCUGUACAUGUGCUUACCUGAGAGCCCUAGCCCCAAGUUUGCUGGACAAAAACAAGACGGGGCUCCUGGGGAUUUUCUGGAAGUGUGCCAGAAUAGGUGAACGGAAGAGCCCCUGGGUGGCCUGUUGCUGUGUCGUCAUGGCGUUCAGUAUCUUGUUUGUACAGUAGUGUAACGCACAGCGGAAGGAUGUGAAAAGGGAAGAACCGAGAGAGACCACGGACAUAACGAUCCAAGAAGCACAGCCGAAAAUCCAGUUUCAGUCACCUGGACAGUGGGGGGGAGACCCAUCACGGCCACAAGUCAUGGUUAUGUCGAGAGGUGGCGAGAGGGGGUGGUUCUUUGUAUGGGGGUGGGGCCAGGGGUGUUGUCGUUGCCCCACAGUGUGAGCGACUUUCACCAUGGAUUCUGUUGUGUCAGGGCAGUGUUUACACCAGUCAUGUUAUGUAGGACCAAUGUUUCCUCUUCUGAAUCAAGAAAACAAACUGUCUCCCUGUCUUUUGGGGGGCGGGGGUGGUCCAAGCAAUUCACGCAUCUGUCUGUUGUUCUUAAACCUCUUUUGUAACACUUUUUUUUUAAACAUCGUCAUCAACUAAGUAAGCCCUAUCCAAUAUGUAAGAUCUGUAAUGUCUAAUAAUCAGCUAUUAUCAAUUUCACAAGUCAUUUUGUGUCUGGAAAUGGAAAUGCGUGAGAGUCGAUGUGAUUUCGCCGUCAGCUUGCUGUAUCUAGUGUGGACUGGGAGGUAUCUGUUGUGUAUUUAGGAUACUCGUUUGCAGUGAUGAUAUACUUGGAUGUCGGUGAGGAUUCCGGAUCGAACGAGCUGGUUGCAACCAGCCGAGCGGCUUCAUUCAUGUCUUAAUGUUCACCUCAGAGAGCAGUGGUGGUUUUUACAAUGUGUCAUUUUGGCGCUAUUUAUUAAAUAACCAUUUUUUUUAAAUUCUC